AUUUUAUACAAUUUAUUUAUCAACAUAAAUACAUCAUCUAAUCUGUAGUCUCUUUCUCACUCUCGCUCGUCCGAUCUCUCUACAUACAGAAAUUGGAACAAGAAAUGCGUAAAGCCUUGUUAUAGCUGGCUGCACAUAGCACUGGUAUUUCCUUUCUGUUGCUUCUUAUCAGAAUAAGCCAGAAUGUUAUGCUGCUCUGAUCAGAGGUCUCUAAACAGCUGGUGAGCUGUAUGGAAUUAGUAGUCAAUUAGGUUCUUUUGGUCCUGAGAUUUAGCAUUUAUACAGGGUUUUAGGAUGGAGAAAGGUGGUGGGAGUAGAAUAAACCAGAUCUGGGGGAACUUGGUUACUUUCCUGCGCAGGUGUAUUUUUUGUGUUCUAUCUGUUGGCUCCAUUCCUAAUCAUAUUGCGUUCAUCAUGGAUGGAAAUCGUAGAUAUGGUAAAAAACGGGAUUUAAUGGAAGGGAUCGGACAUAGGGUUGGAUUUUUAGCUCUUAUGUCCAUGCUCAAGUACUGCUACGAGUUGGGUGUGCGAUAUGUAACAAUUUAUGCCUUCAGCAUUGAUAAUUUCAAACGACAUCCCGAAGAAGUUCAAUCUUUGAUGGAUCUGAUGCAGGAAAAAAUUGAAGGGUUAAUCAAGGAAGAGAGCAUAGUAAACCGCUAUGGAGUUAGGGUUCACUUUUUAGGGAACCUAGAACUGUUAAGUGAACCGGUCAGGUUGGCAGCAGAGAGGGCUAUGAUGGCCACUGCCAAAAACUCCAAAGCAGUGUUGUCAAUAUGUGUUGCUUACACUUCCACCAAUGAGAUUGUGCAUGCUGUACAAAAAUCAUGUGAAGAAAAGUGGGAGGAGAUUAGUAUAUUGAAUACAAGCGGAUCUGGAUAUGGCUUAAUUCAACUUGGAUGGAAUGAAAGGGAUGGAAGGGAGAACCUUAUUAAGUUAAUAGAUGUUGAAAAACAUAUGUAUAUGGCAGUUGCACCUGAUUCUGAUAUCUUAAUCCGUACUUCUGGUGUGACCCGCUUGAGCAAUUUUCUUCUCUGGCAGAGUGCAUACUGUUCCUUGUACUCUCCUUCUGUUCUUUGGCCGGAGAUUGGUUUUCGGCAUUUCCUUUGGGCAAUCCUGAACUUCCAGCGGAAUCACUUUUAUUUGGAGAAGAAAAGGAAACAGUUGUAAAUCUUGCAGUGGGUGGAUUCCCAACUUUUGGGGCUAUAAAGCGAUUGUACCAUUUUAUCUCUUUAUGUUUUUGAAUCAAACUUUGUAACAAAAUCAGAUCCAUGGGCUGGAAAUUAUAGAUUCAAUCGUACAGAAAAUUCAUUCCCCCACGCCCAUAAUAGUUACUGACUUACUGUCAUGAGAAACUGAUAUGCUUUCAUUGUAAAGAUGUUUAGACUUCAUUGUGUUUGA